AGUCAUAGCUUUAUGAGUAAAACGGAAGAGGAUGAUUGAAAUCCACGGAAUGAGAAUGGCAUGUCCAGAAUAAGACCCACAUAAAGAGAAAACAUGGAAUGGAGCCAGAGGCACAACCAACACAUAACAUGAUGAGAGAUAAACCUUUGUGUGGUGAAGUCUGGAGCAGGAUCCUGAGGCUUUCUGUCCUCCAUGCCGCUCACCAGAAAAGGGACUGUGAACUCCCACGUUACUUCCCGCCACUUGAAAUUCUCCUAAAAACCCAGAGGAGCAGCUGAAAAUAUCCCAGGUGCUCUGGCGCCAGCUGAUGGGAAGAAUUUCUGCCCCAGCCGGGAGUGAGAAGAGGGAGUGAGUCUCCUGAGGGCCAUCCUCGAGUCCGCCAGGAUCACCCGAACAAUCCUCGAUGUGAAUCAAUCCCAUGAUGCAACAUGCCUCCCCAGCCCCCGCUCUGACGAUGAUGGCCACGCAGAAUGUCCCUCCCCCACCCUACCAGGACAGCCCGCAGAUGACAGCAACUGCUCAGGCGCCCUCUAAGACCCAGGCUGUCCACAUCUCCGCACCCUCGGCUGCUGCCAGCACACCUGUGCCCAGUGCCCCCAUUGACCCCCAGGCCCAGCUGGAGGCUGACAAGCGAGCUGUGUACAGGCACCCUCUUUUCCCGCUCCUGACGCUGCUGUUUGAGAAAUGUGAACAGGCCACCCAGGGCUCUGAGUGCAUCACCUCCGCCAGCUUUGAUGUGGACAUCGAGAACUUUGUCCACCAGCAGGAACAGGAACACAAAGCCUUCUUCAGCGAUGACCCAGAACUGGACAAUCUGAUGGUGAAGGCAAUCCAGGUCCUGAGAAUUCACCUGCUGGAACUGGAGAAAGUCAAUGAACUCUGCAAGGACUUUUGUAACCGGUACAUCACCUGCCUCAAAACCAAGAUGCACAGCGAUAACCUGCUCAGGAAUGACCUCGGGGGACCCUACUCCCCCAACCAGCCCUCCAUAAACCUUCACUCACAGGACCUCCUGCAGAAUUCCCCCAAUUCCAUGUCUGGAGUCUCCAAUAACCCCCAGGGGAUUGUGGUCCCAGCCUCAGCGCUCCAGCAGGGCAACAUCGCCAUGACAACCGUCAACUCCCAAGUGGUGUCAGGUGGAGCCUUAUACCAGCCGGUUACCAUGGUAACCUCCCAAGGUCAGGUGGUCACCCAAGCAAUCCCCCAGGGAGCCAUCCAGAUCCAGAACACACAGGUUAACCUUGACCUCACCUCCCUCCUGGACAAUGAGGAUAAGAAGUCCAAGAACAAACGAGGAGUCUUGCCCAAGCAUGCCACCAAUAUAAUGCGUUCUUGGCUCUUCCAACAUCUCAUGCACCCCUACCCCACGGAGGAUGAGAAGAGGCAGAUCGCAGCCCAGACAAACCUCACGCUCCUGCAAGUAAAUAACUGGUUCAUCAAUGCCCGGAGGCGCAUACUGCAGCCCAUGCUUGAUGCCAGCAACCCAGACCCUGCCCCCAAAGCCAAGAAGAUCAAAUCGCAGCACCGGCCCACCCAAAGAUUCUGGCCCAACUCCAUUGCUGCAGGGGUGUUGCAGCAGCAGGGCGGCGCCCCAGGGACAAACCCUGAUGGUUCCAUCAACUUGGACAACCUGCAGUCCCUGUCUUCAGACAAUGCCACCAUGGCCAUGCAGCAGGCUAUGAUGGCCGCACACGAGGACUCAUUGGAUGGCACAGAAGAAGAGGAUGAGGAUGAGAUGGAAGAGGAAGAGGAAGAGGAGCUGGAGGAGGAGGCCGACGAGCUUCAGACGACAAAUGUCAGCGACCUGGGCUUGGAACACAGUGACUCCCUGGAGUAGUUGGCAGCCCAGCUGGCAUGGGUCACCGAGCGGGAGAGGAGUGUCGUCAGGAGGGCUUCAGGGUGGGGGGGAGGGGGGCACGGGCAGGCAGCACCGAGGAAGUUAGGCCCUAGCUUCCCCAAAUCAGUAGCCUGAAGAAAUUGCAGAGCAGACGCCUGCUCCUUCCCAACCACCGAGCUUCAGUGAGUACCCCAGCCCCACUUCCCUGGAACUGCAGAGGACUCCGUUUGCGGGGCCGGUCAAGCAGCCCAUCCGGAGAGGCAGGAGCGGGAGCUGGACUCACCCAAUCCCUGAGGACAGAUGGCACCCGUGGCCCCCCUACUGAAGGACUUGAGUUGUUUACAAGCCCUGCGCUGUGAGGCGGAUCAGCACUGUUCGCAGAGUGAGCCUUGCCAGGGUCACAGCUAGAAGGAAAGGGAGAGUCAAGGGCAUCUGGGUUCCACCCCCAGAAGGUUCUCAGCUCCUCAGAGAGACACUCAAGAGCAGGAGACCAGAUGCAUCACCUGUGGCUAGCGGAGUGGGCGGCCCUGAGGCCUGCAGAUCACAGCCCCCUAGGGCUCCCGCUCAUUCCUCCAAGGACCUGUCUCGGGCACAGGCAAUCAUGGACUUGGGAGAGAGGGUAGGAGCCACCGCAGCCACCUGCUCUCUCUCUCCCGGAAAUGAAUGGUCAGCUAGCAGUCUCCGACUGUAGGGGGGUAAGAGGAUUCCCUUCCCCUGGGUUGGCUCAAGGACCCAAGGAGAUGGUCCCGGGAGCCGUAUCAAGGUGACUUUGGGGACCACAGCCAAGCCUAGGUGGUCGCAGAGCUCAGCUCCUGUAGCAGCAGGACAACGGUGUCUUCUCCCAGACGUCCCAGCCCUCAGCCCCCCAUGGCUAUUCCCUGCUCCCAGGCUGGCCUCACCAGCCCCAUGCUCUCUUCUUCAUUCUUCAGAGAAGGCAGAAGAAACAUUGGAAAGAAGCAUCCAGUCCAACGGGAAGCCAGGGGUUGGAGAAGGUGCUACAUCCCUCUUCCCAUCAAUAUCCAAAGUGUGGGCAAGGGCCCAGAGAAAUGGCCCCCUGGAGCCAAGUGGUGCCCCACCCCACACAUCCCGCUGAUCUCCCGCUGAUCCACCCACCACCACAACACACGGCACUGGAGGAACUGGGGCUCCCUCGCGGAGGAGGCUUUCUACCACCUGCCCUAACUCCCACCCUCCCACCCAACUUCCAGGACCCCAUGAUUGGCACCCCCUCCUCCCCUCCUGCCCCACCCCUUGGCUGUGAAUGACAGGACUGAUCACACGUGUGUUUUCCAUUGGAUUUAAUUUAAUGGACUUGCAGUUUCAUUUGUAAAUUGUGCAUUGGCCAUCUCCUUCAGUGGCAGGAUGCGAGCGGCUACCUGGCUCAACUUGAGGGGACGCUCAGGGCCCUCUGGGGCUUCCCCUCCCCCACCUGGUUGGGGUGGAGCAAAAAGGAUGGUCGCUUUCCUGAGGUCUCCCUGAAAUGAAUGUAUUUCUCCCCCAAAAGAGCUGAUAUUUAAUGUUUUAAUAGGGAUUUUUGAGAAACAAAUAACCUUAUUUAUAAUCUGGGUGAUCCAAUCAUUUUUUACUCCCUUUUGAUGCCAUAGGUAGAGGAAAGUCUAGCUUUUUUGGCGUGAGACUUUUGCAAUGUGCAGUGGGAUAAAAUACAUUUCCUUUUCUGGUUCAUUUCUCUCUCUCUCUCUCUCUCUCUCUCUCUCUCACACACACACACACACACACACACACCCUUUCACCUACCACUUUGGACAGCGACCUGCCCCGCACAGGCACACCCGCACACAUGUGCCCACACAUCCUCCUCCAGCCCCUCCACCUGCCUAAUGUUAUGCAACCUCCUUCUGAUGUAUCCACCAAACCAGUACUGAAUGUGGCCGAGAAGUUUUCAGUAAAUCUUAUUACCUACCAUAA